AAACACACCUGUUCAUUGCCUAUUCAUUGUGAGACACACUACGACGUCUGCGCAAAACAGUGACGUCACCGAAAGAGGCUGUUUCGAUUCGACCCCUUUCUCUAUUUAUAGCUCCUGGAACAGUUAUUUUUAACACCUGACUCUAUCUGCUUUUUGUGACAGUCGGGAACUUCGUUCAAAGCAUGAAGGAAGACGGGGCAGAGGAUGGGAACUCAGGUCAAAGGCCGAACGUCAAUACUACCGCUGUAAAGGACGGACAGGCCGGGACAGCGAUAGCAUUUGGCAAUGCUAAAAUUGAAAACCUUUCAAUUCACACUGCUCAACAAGGAUCAGUAGGAUCUGGACACUCCAGACAAGUGCCAGAGAAUCCAGAAAGAGAUGAAUAUAGGAAUGCGGUCCAAGUCACUUUAAGAGGGGACACCCUGAGCACAAUCACAAUUCCGGAGACGAUCCCAGUACACAAUGGCAAGGUGUCGAUACUUGGAGACCACGAUGACCAGAAUGUCAAGACGACAGCUACAUGCGAACAUGGAAAGAUCGUGCAUCUUGAAGCAAACUGUGGGAGACCACUAACUACAAAUGCCGCCUGUCGAACAAAGUGGAUGCUCUCUAACAUAACCGGUGCUUUGUCUAAGUUGAUGGCAUUUUGUUUUAAAGGACUGAAAGACAUAACGUGCGCCUUCAUGAACAAAUUCGGCGUGCAUUGGGUGCGUGCAGAAGAAGGAAGCUUAGUUUUAGAGUUCGGACAUGGUACCAAACAAGAUGCUGAGAACAUGGUCUCUAAUAAGGUUGAAGUGACCCAUCUGCUUAAGCAGUUGCUUGGAAAUUGCAAUAUUCAUGACGCAUUCAUUGUGGAUAAUGUUGAGGUCAUGGACGAAUGUGAUGAUGUCACUGAAUUGCCAAGUACUUCCACAGGCAAAGGAUGGGAAAGGCUCACGGGACAUCAUUAUGCCACUUCACAAAGUGCCUCGAGGAUUUACUCAGUGUCAUCUGGAGGAGCACAUGCUCAGGCAGAUCAUCAAGUGCAUCUUGAAUCAGAGUUGGGGAAACUGUCAAUAGAUGAAGAGGUUGAUGGUUGCGAUGCUUGCCGUAAAUACAAGGAUCCAGAUGUCACGACAAAUCAGGUUGUAAUCCACAUCAAUGUGGAAAUGGUGGAUUCAGAAAGGAAUUCUCGUCGUCGAAUGAAUCGAAGAAUGUACAUACGAAAAAAACAAUUUGAAAUGACAAAGAAGGCCUCUGCAUUGAGAAACUCUGGAGGAGGAGAUGUAUUCUGCCACCUCAGUGGGAAAAAUAAAAUUAACAGAUGCCUCGGACAAUUCGAUGAGGUAUUUUUAAAUCCUCAGAUCUUUUACCCUGGUGAGUGGUUUGAGGAUACUGACUUUCUUGUCAUUACAGUAUCUCAGUGAAUCUCAACGAGGGUAUCUACAGCGAAUGUACACAGUUACAUUUCCAACCACAGAUCUCACGCUGCUGCUUCUCUUCCCGAGAUAAAAACAUUAAUUUUCGGUAAACGCGCUGUAGGUCACAGACGUCCGGUUGUCAGAGGAUUGGAGAAUCUUCAGGAAGUAGUAGAUAUUAGGCUGAAACAUUUAAUACCCCAAAAACACCUCACGGGCAAAGCCGAUAUUUCUGAAUAUUUGUACACAUAUAGCUUACAUAAGGAUAUUUCAGCAUUUUCAAAAAAAACGAUCUGGUGGGUCUCUUUACAUUGGAGUUCGUGAAGGUGAAAUCGGUCCAAUCAUAGAGGUUGUUCACAUUACGUCUGAGGAUCACACAGCCUUUGCAGAAGCUCUGAGACACUUUGUUCGACAAAACCUGAUGAUCAUACCAAACAUUCACUUUCACGAAUCAAAUGACCUGGCAGACCUUGUGGAUGUUACAUUUCAUCCAUUCAAAGAAGACAAAAGCAUGAUUGAAUUCUCAGUCAGGCCAGUAAAUGGAUGUGUGUUCACAGAUAAAGGUGGACCCUCUGCCUACAAACUAGAUGAAAAGGGUUGUCAGGAAUGGAUGCAGAAGAUUCAGCCUGUAGAAUAGAGACCAAAUGAUGAAGAUGCAUGAUGGGGAAAUGUCAUAAAGGAAAACAGCAUGGUCUAUAGCAUAAUGUUCAUGGAGAAGUCUUUGAGAAAGUUUUGUGUGGACGAAACUGAACUGUUAACGGGACUUGGGGUCUUGUGAAGACAGGAAACACCCUAGUGGGUUUCUAUACUGACUUUGUCGUCCAUAAACAUUCUCGUUUAAACUCUGGAUGCCAACAACGCAUGGUCCUAUCAACGUUCAAAGUCCAUUCACUGUGGUUUGAACGUACCGUUACAAAAUCUGUGUGUCAUUUGGAACAAAAUUAGCAACAAACAAAUAGCCUCACUGAUUAUAUCAUUUCUAAUUAAGUAUUGAUGUAUUAGCUCAUAAGCAAGAAAAUAUGUGUAUUGAAAUAUUUUAAUGUAUUCAUCUUAAAUGCAAGUGUAAGAACUUCAUGGAAAGGUCAGGGCCCCUGUGGCCAUUUAUUGAUAGGUUGCAUUUUGUAUAUUUGUACACUGUAUUGUAUAUUUUUAUAAUCGCGAUCAGUACAAUUGUGGUUUCAUGCAACCAAACGUUGCAUGGGCCUAUGGCCUUUUCCCUGAAUACACAGCUGUCUGCCUGUAUAAUUGUGGUUUGAGCUAUAUAGGGACAUAUUAUUUAUAUUGAUUUGUGUAUCUUUAUUUGUUGUCUCAAAUGAGCUUCACGAUCACUUAGUAUUUGUCAGAAAUUAUUACUCAAAACUGUAUACCAGUAGUUAACUCGCUGGCUGGCUGUUUGAAUAUGGGCGGUGGGGUAGCUUUGUUGUUAACGCAUUCGCUCGGCACGCCAGAGUACAGGGUUCGAUUCCCAGCAUAGGAUGAUGUGUGAGGCCCAUUUCUCAUAUCCUCAGCCGUGAUAUUGUUGGUAUAGGGCUAAAGGCGGGGUAAAACCACAUCCUCCACAUUAUCGCUCUGCUACUGUAGAGUUUAUUCAUCUAGGCAAGCUGUAUAACACUACUCUGGUAGCAUUCCGCUUUAAAUGUAAAUGUGAGAUGAUUGAUGAUGAUGAUGAUGAUGAUGAUGAUAUCAUUCCGGUUUUAAAUGUAAAUGUGAGAUG